ACUUUCUCUGCCUGAAUGCCCCCCACCAAUGAAUGCAGUAGGAUGAUGAAGGGUUCAGGUGGGGGCCGCUGCGAGGCUGGAGCUGUGGAGGAGAGGAGAGUGACAGGGAGGAGGAUCUCAUCUAGGAGAACUUUCUGACCCCAAAUAGGCAGGGCUGUGUGAGGAAGGAGCAAGCGCUUGGUCCCUGGGGCUGCGCACAGAGGGUACCCGGGCAUGGGCCAGGCAGGCCGUGGGUGCCCGGCGCUCUCACCUGUCGGAGCCGGGGGUGGGGGCGCAAUCCGCAGGAGGGCGGUGGCCGUGGCCCCACUGCGCGGGUGGGCAGCCGGAGGCCUGGCCCAGCCCCGCCGCCAUCCCCGCCCUCGGCGCGCCCCUCCCCGGCAGCCGCGUCCGCGGCACCGCUGCACAGCGACGGGCUCGGGUUCCGGCGGCAGCACCUGGGCCGCAGCUGGCGUCCGGCGGGGGCACGCUGCCCGCCCCCCUCUGCGAUGACCACGGACGGCGCCCCGGGCGCCCUGCCUGCCGGAUGAGGAAACUGAGGCAUAGCUCUUCAGUGACUCGACUUAGGUCACCCAGGAGGUGAGAGGUUUGAACUCAGCUCCUCCGAUGCCAGAGCCCCCACUCGCGGGUCACACUGCCUCAUCUUCAGGGGUAUUUGGAGGAGUUAAAAGGCUUAGAAAUGAACCGGCAGGGCCCAUUGGGCACAGCAGGAAUCUGGUAAUAAAGGUGGGUGUUGUAACUUUCAACAUGGCUCUCCUGUCCACUCCCACUCUAACCCCACAGAGGGGCCCUGUAGGACCUCCACACUGCCCCUGUAGCCGUGACAGCUGCUAACUGCUGGGAGACAUGGAGCGACUUUCUGCUUUUCCUAGGCCCCAGUGGGUAAGGGGUGGCUGCUGGGAGCCUGGACUGCUGGGAGGUUGCAGGGUGGAGAUCCUGCCCAGGUGAGCUGGGACGGGUGCCAGCCCUUCCUGGAGCCUCACCACCAGGGACAAUAUUUGCCAAGGGCCUCAGGGCUAACAUAUGAAGAGGGAGGCAACAAGGCUGGUGCCAGGUGUCAACCGGAGGCCUCCACAAGCCCUGUGUGCAUUCCAGGCUGAAGGCUUGGAAGUUGGGUGACUGGGGGACACCCUCGCCUGCAAAAGGGUUGCCUGGACUCCUGUGAGCAGCCUCCAUGAGGCCCUGGACCAGUGUAUGACCGCUCUGGACCUCUUCCUCACCAACCAGUUCUCAGAAGCACUCAGCUACCUCAAGCCCAGAACCAAGGAGAGCAUGUACCACUCGCUGACGUAUGCCACCAUCCUGGAGAUGCAGGCCAUGAUGACCUUUGACCCUCAGGACAUCCUGGUUGCUGGCAACAUGAUGAAGGAGGCGCAGUUGCUGUGUCAGAGGCACCGGAAGAAGUCCUCUGUAACAGAUUCCUUCAGCAAUCUGGUGCACCGCCCCACUAUGGACCAAUUCACGGAAGAGGAAAUCCAUGCUGAGGUCUGCUAUGCAGAAUGCCUGCUGCAGAGAGCAGCCCUGACCUUCCUGCAGGAUGAGAACAUGGUGAGCUUCAUCAAGGGUGGCAUCAAAGUUCGAAACAGCUACCAGACCUACAAGGAGCUGGACAGCCUCGUGCAGUCCUCACAAUAUUGCAAAGGAGAGAACCACAGGCACUUUGAAGGAGGGGUGAAGCUUGGUGUGGGAGCCUUCAAUCUGACGCUGUCCAUGCUUCCUAACAGGAUCCUGCGGCUGCUAGAGUUCGUGGGAUUUUCAGGAAACAAGGACUACGGGCUGCUGCAGCUGGAGGAGGGUGCCUCGGGACACAGCUUCCGAGCUGUGCUCUGCGUUAUGCUGCUGCUGUGCUACCACACCUUCCUCACUUUUGUGCUUGGCACCGGAAAUGUCAACAUUGAGGAGGCAGAAAAGCUCUUGAAGCCCUACCUGAAGCGUUACCCUAAGGGCGCCAUCUUCCUGUUCUUUGCAGGGCGGAUCGAAGCCAUUAAAGGCAACGUUGAUGCAGCCAUCCGGCGGUUCGAAGAGUGCUGUGAGGCCCAGCAGCACUGGAAGCAGUUCCACCACAUGUGCUACUGGGAGCUGAUGUGGUGCUUCACCUACAAGGGCCAGUGGAAGAUGGCCUACUUCUACGCCGACCUGCUCAGCAAGGAGAACUCCUGGUCCAAGGCCACCUACAUCUACAUGAAGGCCGCCUACCUCAGCAUGUUUGGGAAGGAGGACUACAAGCCGUUUGGGGAUGACGAAGUGGAGUUGUUUAGAGCUGUCCCAGGCCUGAAGCUCAAGAUUGCUGGAAAAUCUCUACCCACAGAGAAGUUUGCCAUCCGGAAAUCUAGACGCUACCUCUCCCCCAAACCUAUCUCAUUGCCAGUUCCUGCUCUGGAAAUGAUGUACAUUUGGAAUGGCUACGCUGUGAUUGGGAAGCAGCCAGAACUCACAGACGGGAUACUUGAGAUCAUCAACAAGGCUGAAGAGAGGCUGGAAAAGGGCCCAGAGAAUGAGUACUCAGUGGAUGAUGAAUGCUUGGUGAAGUUGCUGAAGGGCCUGUGUCUGAAAUACCUGGGCCGUGUCCGGGAGGCCGAGGAGAAUUUCAGGAGCAUCUCUGCUAAUGAAAAGAAGAUUAAAUAUGACCAUUACUUGAUCCCAAAUGCCCUGCUGGAGCUGGCCCUGCUGUUUAUGGAGGAAGGCAGAAACGAAGAGGCUGUCAAACUCUUGGAAACUGCUAAGCAAAACUAUAAGAAUUACUCCAUGGAGUCAAGGACACAUUUUCGAAUCCAGGCAGCCACACUCCAAGCCAAGUCUUCUCUAGAGAAUGGCAACAGAUCCAUGGUCUCAUCAGUGUCCUUGUAGCUUUGCGCAGCACUCCCAAGCUGGAAGACAGACAGCUGGACAGAGUUCCUGGAAACAUUUCAAAACGGUCCCCUCCCCCUGCCCUGCCCUGCCCUGCCUGCCUUUGGGGUCCAUCAGUGCUCCAGUGGAAUGGCACGACAUGGGUAUCCGUGCGGAGGUGAAGCCGGCAUUUUCACAAGUGUGGCCAAGGGCCUUUGCCAAGGAAGGGCAGGUGGAACCCUCUGCCUGCUCUGUCCCACAUACGGGUACUUGUUUUUCACUGUGAUGCUUAAGAGAAUGUAUGUACAGUUUACAUUUUCCUUAGAAAUACAAUGAUGGGAUCAUAGCUGGCUUUAAAAAAACCUACCAAUGGACCACCCGUAAAUCUUUGUUUUAACCCAUAUUGAUCUGGAGGUAAAUCUAUGAUGCCAAAGGCCGAACUACUCUUCAAACUUCAGCAAGUUCUCAGCUUCCAGGGCUGGAAGGACCUUCAGGAGGGUCUGUACCUCAGGCUUCGAGGCUUCUGGGGGUUGUGCAUAGAGGCUGCACAGAUACCUACUACCUUACCUCUUACGUUUCAUUUUAACUCUCUUUGUAUCUUUCCAAUUAAAAAAAAAAUCAAACAUGUCUUUUUAGUGAGAUAAUUUUCAUUUGAGUCCAUCUGUAGAAAAAUAUUAAUCUCUACCAGUAAGGAAUGGGGAUGCCAAGGCCUGACGUAAGGGGAGCUGUGUGGCCCUUUCUGUGCCAACAAGUUUGGGGGUGAGGGGGUUCUCAGACACGUCUGCAUCCUCACUGUAUGCCAGACUGAAACCACUGGGAAUAAUUUAUGAAAUCUUCUGUACUUCACUCCAAGGCACAUUUAUUUACCAACAACAUUUUUCUUAGAAUGGUUAUUCUUG